AUGCAAAUCGCUCGGUCAUCCUCAUGGUGGGCACAGGGCGUUCUGGUCCCGUCUUCUUUGUGUGCCUACACCAUCCUCCUCAUCACCUUCGUCUUCUUCAUCCCACUGGGAGUGAUCGGCGGCUGCUACAUAUCCAUCUUCCGCACCAUCUGCCGGGCAGGCCGAGAUGGGGCAGGCCGAGAUCCGGUGGCUGGACUGGGGCAAUUAGUACAAGGCGUACGAGCGGCUUCGCGCAUGUCCAAAGUGGCACUGGUGGUCAUCCUACUCUUCGUCGUGUCUUGGUCACCCUACUCGCUGGUGGCGCUGGUCGCCAUGGCAGACUAUGCCCACCUGCUGACGCCCUACAUGAACUCAGUGCCCGCCGUCAUCACCAAGGCCUCGGCCAUCCACAACCCCAUCAUCUACGCCAUCACGCACCCCAAGUACUGCAUCGCAAUCYCCAGUUACAUGCCCAUGCUACGCUCGCUGCUGCGUGUGGGUGACAAGGACCUGCUUUCAUCCUUCAGCUCCAACAGUGGUGCCUCCCUUGGCUCUCGAUGGCCCACCUUCACCAGACAGUGCUCCCUGGCCAUGAUUGUGGGUGCGGGAACGGGCAUGGUUGUUGGGGCAUGUGCCAACGAACACUGGGGCAAGAGCKGCCUCUCGUCGGCCUCCGACACUGACUCGUGCUGGAUGGAGAGCGAGGCCGACAGCUCCAGCGUUAACUCACUGCCCUUCGACCGACGUGUCUCCACGGAGAUCUCCACAGAUACGGCCAUCGCCAAUCAGCAGUCAGCAGGCGUGGUCGCCGGGCAGAAAGUGGGAGUGUUGUCUGGCAGCCUCAGGGUUAGCAGCAUUUCAAGCACCUUAAUGGUGUUUGAAGGAGAUGUGCCCGAUGCAGGCCCAGCACCUCUUUUGACUCAUUGA